CUUCCGGUGUAGAAACUCACGGUUUUGUUUUGGUAAAGACACGUCAGAUUUCGUGUUCAUUAGGAAGCUAGAAGUAGUUCUUCAAGUGCGAAGGUUUUCUCUCUGAAAACAUCAAAAUAGAAACAUGGCUUCAAACGAUAUAGGCGAUUGGUAUCGAGGAAUACCUCAGAUGACAAAAUAUUGGUUUACUGGUUCGAUCGUCGUGCCACUUGUUGCAAGACUUGGACUUAUCAACCCAGUGCACUUGAUACUUAUUUUUGAAAGAGUUGCAUAUAAUUUCCAGAUUUGGAGACCUUUAACAGCUGUUUUAUAUUUUCCAAUGUCUGGACCCUCAGGGUUUCAUUAUCUGAUGAAUUUGUAUUUCUUAUACUCAUACUCUACAAGGCUAGAAACAGGUAUUUUUGAUGGGAAGCCUGCAGAGAUGGCCUUUAUGCUGAUCUUCAACUGGCUCUGUCUUGUUAUUAUUGGAUGUGCAGCAGAUAUGAUGCUACUGAUGGAUCCAAUGGUGCUUAGUGUAUUGUAUGUCUGGUGUCAACUCAACAAAGAUACAGUUGUCUCAUUCUGGUUUGGAACCCAAUUUAAGGCUAUGUAUCUCCCAUGGGUCCUGUUAGCAUUCAAUAUGAUUAUUGGACAAGGAGGGCUUUUGGAACUUGUCGGAAUUAUUGUUGGACACCUUUAUUUCUUCUUAAUGUUUAAGUAUCCCCAGGACUUUGGAGGAGCAAGGCUUUUAUCUGUCCCAAAUAUUCUGUACAAGUAUUUCCCAAAUAGAAGAGGUGGUGUUUCAGGAUUUGGAAUGGCUCCAUCAAGUCGUAGACAGACACCUGAUAAUAAUGGGGACAACCAGAGACACAACUGGGGAAGGGGAAAUAACCUUGGUGGAGACUAGAUUUGUAUAACCCCUAGUGAAAAAAGAAGACAAAAUCAUUAGGUGAUCAGUGUUUCAAGGAUAUGAUAUUUCAAUUUCACCUCUAGUCUUGAAUUCAAGUAUCCCCUUGUUGUGCAUACGGAAAAUCAACAAAACAACUAUAUUUUGUGAUCACAGGAACUGGAUAUGUGGGACAGUUCCUCUGAAAAUUUAUUGGUUCUUGGGAACUGGUUUACUAGACAUGCAUUUACAUCACAUCUUUAAUUGCUAUCAAUUAUACACAUACAAAUAUCAACUAUUUAAUUGACACAGCUAUUUUACCACAAAUAAAAUAACUAUAAUAUGUUGUUCUGAGAUUCUUCAUCUUUGCAUUUUAAUUAAUAGUACCACUUUAUAUGUGAUUCAUAGUUUAAGAUUUGUAAUGAAUUGAUCAAUUCAUGCCUCACUUGAUUCAUAUCAUGCUGCAUAUUGGGGAAUUUAUGUGUGUAUCCAAUCUGCUCUAUUGUAGAAAUCAUGUAAAGUUAGAGUCCAUGGAAAAUUUGUGCUUUAUGUUGGGUUAUGUUUUGAAGUUCUAUAAGAUGAAUGUUUAAAUUUAGAGAAGCAUAUUUUUGAAGUUACAUAUAUUUUGUACACACUUUGAGUCAUAAUCUGUAAAAUAACCAUGACCAAAAAACCCCUGAGUAUGUUAUUACCACUAUAUACAUUUUUUAAUUAAAACUACAUGUAGUUGAUAUGCAUAGCACCUGAUAAAUACAUGUAAGCAUACAUGUCAUGUAUGCUUAUUUAUUACUAAAAAAACAGCAUGGUUAAAAAUGGAAGGUUUUAUAAUACAAUUAAUUGUUAAAAUGAUUCUGUCAUGUACACAUAGAUGUAAAUUUGCUUUUGAUUUCAUAUGUACAAUGUACAUUGCUGUAGUUAUUGUGUUCAAUAAAUCAGAUUUGUAAAAUCUAAA